AUGUUACGUGACAGUGUUCUUUUUUGGAAUCCGAAAAAUCUUGACUAUUCCAAUUAUAAGAACGAAGCUAGAAAAGGCCGUUUGGACAAGUUAUGGGCAAAGGGAACAGCCUCGAGUGAGGCUCGAGCUAGUGCCGAGCUUUCCCGGUGCUGUGCUCUGAGUGGAGUGCCUUCCACCCAAAUUCUUGACGGUACGCAGCAAUUGUUCCACGGCAACUGUCGUAAUCAUCCUCCGGAACCGAUGAAAUUUCUUCUGAUCUUCCUUCUUGCUGUCACCGUUAGUGGGAAGUCCUUGGACCUCUCAGAGGUUGACGUUGACGAUCUACCCUCGAAAGGCCAGAGACCUGUCUUUCCUGGUGCGCCUUCCACUAAAACCGAACCGUCAAAUGCCACUAAGGGCACCGAUGAUAGUUCUAGUUGUGUGGACAAGGAUGAUUGUGGGUCACUUGUUCGUGGAGGAUUCUGCAACAUGAAGAAGAUUCCGGAACGUAUCAAGAAGUAUCACUGCCCGAAAUCAUGCAAACUCUGCGAUUAA